AAUUUUGGCGUUCAGCACAUGGUCACACUGAUGACUUGAACAAAACAUAGUGACCGGAAUUAAGCUCGCCAAAUUAGUUUCGUCCAUAAAUUAACUUCACAAUCUACACAAUGAGCUGUCCAGGAUUUGGUGAACUUAAUAUACCGUCGUCUCGCGCCUUUUGGGAUGACUGCGAGGAGGAUGAGUUCGAGAACAUGAAACCGGCUGAAAAGCUGAAGCUAAAGUUUGAAGACGAAUCCGCUGGAGAUGUAGCUCCGGUGGAGAGCGAUCUUCUGGUGGUCAUUGAAGGACCUCAUGUCACCCACUUUGCCACAACUGUGCUCGCAAAAGACUCGAAGCGUCUCUGCGGCAUCCCUGCAAAGACUUCGUCCCUACACUGGAAUGCUUCGUCCAAACAGCUGCUGGCCAUACUGGAGGACGACUUGUCUAGCAGUGGCGAAGUCACGGAGCUUCUACUGCCGUACGCUAAGCUUGCAAAGAACGUUGUCACACUCACGCUGAAGCCAAAGGUCGAGUUCAAAAGCGAGGAAAUCCAGUUGUACAGAGAUCAUGUAGCUAUCGUCCGUGGUGUCGGAGUCAACCAAAAGGAUAUUACUGAACUGGAAGCUCCCAAUUUCAUUGCCGGAGUGGCGGCAGGCAUUGCCAGUUGGCGGGAUCAGGAUGAGUUGCCAGUAAAGUCCUAUGUUAUCUACACUGACAAGCUGCCGCUUGAUUCGACGGCUGCCCAACCAGUGCUGAAACUGCUGAAUAGUGUUGGUGUGAGCUGCAACGACAGCUAUAUUCCACCGCGCAAGGAGAGCUCCUAUUUGUACAUGUAAAAAAUUAACAUUUGGCUGGUGUUUCCUAGUUUUAAUUCAUUCUUAAAAA